UAAAUGCUGCAUUCUUGCUCAUGGGGUCAGAAAACGGAAACCGGGGAUGACUCUCUUUUGGAACACGUGUAUUGACUAUGUAGCCUGUGCUGUGGUCAGCAGGGAGAAGGUAAGCUAACAUGUAAUUUAGAGACCCAAAGAAGACCAGACUUCUGCAACAGAAACUACCAACCGGGGCUGUGAUACGGGAGCUAGCAAUACUUGGCUCCGUUUGCACAAACUUCUAAGCUUAGAGCAAACCAGAAAGGAAAAACUGCCACAUGGACACAAACCCUGUAGUUUCACGGUUUUUACGAGAUGUCAUCCAAUUGAUUUUCGUGGGGAAUUUGAUUUCUGGAGACAUGGCCACAGAACAUAUUAAUGGAAAUGGUCCAGAAGAACCAAUGGACACCUCUGCUGCAGUUACCCAUUCUGAGCACUUCCAGACUUUAUUAGAAGCUGGUUUACCACAGAAAGUUGCUGAAAAACUAGAUGAAAUUUUCAUAGCAGGUUUGGUGUCACACAGUGACUUAGAUGAUCGAGCGAUUGACGCCCUGAAAGAAUUUCAGGUGGAAGGUGCUCUGCAAGUCCUUUUGCAAUUUAAGGACAGUGACCUCUCACAUGUUCAGAACAAAAGUGCCUUUCUUUGUGGCGUGAUGAAGACGUUCAGACAGAGAGAGAAACAAGGGACCAAAGUGUCAGACACCAGUAAAGGACCAGAUGAAGCCAAAAUUAAAGCUUUGUUGGAGAGAACUGGCUACACACUUGAUGUGACAACUGGUCAGAGGAAGUAUGGAGGUCCACCUCCAGAGUCCGCCCACUCAGGGGCUCAGCCCACCAUUGGUACAGAGAUAUUCGUAGGCAAAAUCCCCAGAGACCUUUUUGAGGAUGAGCUGGUUCCACUGUUUGAGAAAGCUGGACCCAUCUGGGACCUCCGCCUGAUGAUGGAUCCUCUCAGUGGCCUGAACAGAGGCUACGCCUUUGUCACUUUCUGCACUAAAGACGCUGCACAGCAGGCUGUCAAAUUGUGCAACAACAAUGAAAUUCGACCAGGUAAACACAUUGGCGUAUGCAUCUCUGUGGCCAAUAAUAGACUGUUUGUUGGCUCCAUCCCCAAGAGUAAAACAAAAGAGCAGAUUGUUGAAGAAUUUGCAAAAGUCACAGAGGGUCUAAAUGAUGUCAUAUUGUACCAUCAGCCUGACGACAAGAAGAAGAAUCGGGGCUUCUGCUUCCUGGAGUACGAAGACCACAAGACAGCAGCUCAGGCCCGCCGUCGGCUCAUGAGCGGCAAGGUCAAGGUGUGGGGAAACGUUGUCACUGUGGAGUGGGCUGAUCCCAUUGAGGACCCUGACCCAGAGGUUAUGGCCAAGGUCAAGGUGCUGUUUGUGAGGAACUUAGCGAGCACUGUCACAGAGGAGAUUCUUGAAAAGGCCUUCAGUCAGUUUGGGAAGCUGGAGCGGGUGAAAAAAUUGAAAGACUAUGCCUUCAUCCACUUUGAGGAAAGAGAUGGUGCUGUGAAGGCUUUGGCCGAUCUCAAUGGCAAAGACCUCGAGGGAGAGCACAUUGAAAUUGUCUUUGCCAAGCCCCCUGACCAGAAGCGGAAAGAGCGCAAAGCCCAGAGACAAGCCGCUAAAACACAAAUGUAUGAUGAAUACUACUAUUAUGGGCCUCCCCACAUGCCACCACCAACGAGAGGCCGUGGCCGAGGAGGGCGAGGAGGUUAUUCUUACCCCCCUGACUACUAUGGCUAUGAAGAUUAUUAUGAUUAUUACGGAUACGACUACCACAACUACCGGGGAGGCUACGAUGACCCAUACUACGGAUAUGACGACUACCAGGGGUCCGGCAGGGGCCGAGGAGGGAGGGGAGGAGUCCGUGGCAAUGCCAGUCAGACCAGGGGCCGUGGUGCUAUCACACCAAGGGGCCGGCUGGGCUUCACCCAGCGAGGAGGCCCUGGAACAAGCAGAGGUGUCAUCUGUCAGAGCAGCUUGUUUGCCAGCAGACAAAGCAGGGAAACGGGGCAGAGGGCGGUCCUGACCUGUCACAGUGGAUACUGACUUGAUGUGUGGGGUUACACCGUAAGCUGCAAUGGAUGUUAAAAGAAAAAAAAAGAGCGCGACAAAAAGGUCCAAUGAUAUUCCAGCCUUACAGAAGAAGCAUCCCCUCCCCGCCCCAUUUCUGUUGUAUUUUCUUUUCUGCCACCUUAAAAAAAUGAUGGAGGGUUUUAAAUCCCCAUAGACUAUUUGCCCAGAUCCCCUGUACCCAGUACUGAUAAACAGAGCUGUGUAUUGCCCUUACAAUCUCCCCCUUCCCUGUCCCUGAACAUGCCAUUUUUAAAUAAUUAUUGAAGAAUUUGCACUUUUUAAGUUUUUAGGUUUGAAGUGGCUCAAAGGAGCUUGAUGCUAUUGUAUAUUUUUGUGCUAAUCGCAAUUUUUAUUGUCGGAAUAUCCAUGUCCAAUCUUAAUCGUAUGAUCUGGAUGUUUGACAGAGAACAUUUGCAGGUUUUUAGGGUGUACCCACCUGGCAUGGAUAAGUCAGGCAUUCCAGGAAAGUGGUUCUUUUCAGAACUUGUCUUUAAAGGGUUGGUUGACUACCUCAGUACAGAGGACUAAACUACCCGGCCUGUACUGUAAAUAGGGAAACUAUAUUGAUGAAAGCAGGGCUUGUUUUCAAACAAAAUAUGCACAAGAGCUGUAGCGCAAAAACGAUGUACUUAAUGUAAUAUAGUCAUUUUAGCUGCAGCUCUGACACUGCAAACAGUCAAACUGGGCAUGCAAAACAAUCUCAUGAGAUGAGUCUGAACAAGCCCUGCUUUUAUCCUAUUUUGAACUGAAUUAGCCGCCUUGCUUCUUCAGAGUAUGUAGUUACUGGUUGUAUAGUUUUUCGGAUAAAAUGUUACUUUUGUAAAGGCUUCAACAUCACAGGCAUCCAACUGCCUUUGAUUAAAAAAAAAAAAAGUAAAAACAAAAAUAAAGCCCUGCAGUGUCCCUUUUGUGCCACUAUAAAAUUCAAGUGGAUUGUUUUUAUAUUGAAACAACAUAUUUUCCAACAACAGAAUAAUGUAAAACAACCUUAUUCAACAUCAUCUGAAAUCAUGUCAGUCUUGAAUGAUCCCUUCUCAGCUGUGAAGACCACGACUAUGUAGAAGAUCUUUUGAAUUAAUCUUGAUGGAUGACUGAAUUGCCAUAAUGCCCAACCAGUGAGCAUGUGUGCCUAACGAGAGCUGCCAUGAUAUGCUGAGGGAUCAUAGACAUAGUGGUAGAAGGGAUACUGCAGUGAAUAAUUUCUAUUUCCCGGUAUAGCAUAAAGGAAACUGCUCUUCAAUCCCAGUUUUCUAUACAGUUAACUCCCUCAAUAAAAUCAUAACAACCACCUUUUGAAAAAAAAGAUGUUAGCAGUUUUAAACUAUUGUUGGUGGCCAACAACGUUUUUUGCAUUCCUGCAAAUAAAUUGUUUUAUACUGUAAAAUGGAGGUGAGUGUAACUUAUUUUUGUAAUAAAGUUUUUGAUUUCUA